AUGGCAAAUGCAGACCAGGUAGAUGUAGCCAGUGUUGUUGCUCGGGCAAUAACGGAUAUUGCCAUUCUUGGAUCAAAACAACAUCGCGAGAUGUGCUUGAAAGUUAGUGGCUCUAGAAAUAUCGCUGAUUUGUCCAUUCGUCUGGAGCAAUCCCUCAAUCGAUUUCUUCGCUCAGAUGAUAAGAAAACGGGAUGAUACCCUGAGAAUGAUAUGAUGACAGUUGUUAUGUUUAUGUGCAGUUCGACAUGCACCCGGGUGACUGCUGGCGAUUUUUCCUCUGCUGAUGAAGAUGUUUCUGGUGGAUUUUCAUGUACUACUGCUGCCCAGGUGACUGCUGUUGACUUUUCCUCUGCCGAUGAAGAUGUUCUUGGUGGAAUUUUAUGUACAACUGCUGCUCAGGAUGAAAUGUUUUACACCCCGCCAAGUAGCCAGCAGAUCAACUUUGCCAAAUCAGCCUUUUCUCCUGAACUGGGCUCAUAUUCUUCAACUAUUGAUCCGACUACAGAUUCCUACACAACGUUCUCAGCAAGUGAUUUUUCUUGUGAUGAAUUUUCCGAAGAGGAACGCCGAUCACCUCCGCUAGUUCGAAGAUUUUCGAAUAGUAUGAAAAUGCAGGGUCAGCCACGCGAACAUGGAACAGUUGCCGUGCCGUCGUCUUCCGUUCCUAAUAUGGCUCACAACUUCGAGCGGGUCGACGAGUUCUCUGACUAG